AUGGGAAAACCCAAGUCCUCGGAAUCGGAUUACCAGUACCACGUGAUCACAAGUUUUGUCAGCCGUGCUAAGAGAACGCUGCAGAUCACCAAGGACGAGGAGAAGCUCGGCAAUCUGAAGGAAGCUUUGGAGGUCUUCAACGACUGGCUGGCCGAUUACAAGGAGAACAAUCGCGGCAAGGGGAAUCUUGCCUACCUGCCAAUCGAAACCUUAAAAGGUUUCAGGACACUUGCCAAGAAGUACGAGGUUCUGGAUGAUGAAUUCUACAAUGCGUAUCGAAAGGUAAAAGGGGACUACAAAAGUUUACGGGCAGUAAAAAUCCCGACCGGGGACACCACAUGGGACAUUGAAAGGAAUCGAAGGUUAAAGGAUAUCAUUGAUAAUGUCAAAAAGGAUCACGUACAAUGGUUCGAAACAGAUGUUGGCGAUUUCCGAGGGUUGCCCACUAAGGAACAUGUUCAAUGUAUUAUGCUGGGCUACAGUCCAGACGCUUCGAAAGUAAAGAAACUAAUAUCCCAAGUGGAAGAGAAAUUCGGGUCCGAGAAUGGAGAGGACAUGGAAGUUGACGUGGAGGUCAAGGGCGUGAAAAGGAGUCACGAUAGUUCAUCCAGCAGCGACGAGGAGGAUGAAGAACCGGAAAGAAAGAUAGUGAAGCGAACAUCCGAUGAGAACAAGGACGAAAAAGAAGGGAAUGGGCUCAGUUUUAAGAGCAAGGAAAACGCUUUGCGGAGCAUCGAGUCGUUAAAAGACAGGGACGUAACUUAUCAAUACCACGCGAUCGCUGGCUUGGUGAAAAGAGCCGAAAGGGUGAUAUCACUUACGAAGGAUGAGCAAAAGAUUAAGAACAUGAAAGAGGCUGUCGAGGUGUUCGAGAAUUGGAUCACGGAUUACAACGUGAACGGUCGGGCGAAAGAUAAUUUCAACUAUUUGCCUAUUGAGCUGGUGCGAGCUUUCAAACCAUUGGUGGAUAGAUAUAAAGUCGAGGAUAACGGAUUCCUCAAAGCUUACGAAGACGUGGAUGGAGAUUAUAAGAAGCUCAGAACUGUUCAAGUCCCAGAUUCUUCAACUACUACUUGGGACAUAGAAAGAAAUAAGAAUCUCCGAAGUCUAGUGGAUGGGAUCAAGGAGAAGAAAUCUCCGUGGUUCCAUACGGACGGCGAACAAGAGGGUUUACCUACCGAGGAACACACUCGAUGUAUAAUCUGGGCUUUCAGUCCCGACUCAGGGAAACUCAAGAAACUUGCGCCUACAGUGGCUGAAAAGUUAAACUCCUAAAGAACGUUAUUGUACAAAGUACUAAUUUACAUUAAGUUAUACAAUCGUGACGAGCGCGCGAUGCUGUCAUACGUGUGUACAAAGAAUAUUUCGUUAUGUUUCUGUGUCUGCAAACAUUGGUAACGCUAAUGUGUCAUCAAUAAACAUAAGUUAUUUUUCCAUA